AAAAGUGACAGUCUGCACACAGUCUGUACCUCACCAUAGCAACCCUUGUCAAUCAGGAAGUCCUGCAGUGGUGGAGCGAGUAAGAGAGAGAGAGAGAGAGAGAGAGAGUGCAUGUGCCUGUCAGUAAGUGAGAGGGACUUAACAGAGGUGAAGUAGACGGGAGCAAAAACCAGUGUAGAGAGAAAGAACUGACUGAAAACAGAUAGAGAGAGGGAAGAAAGUACAGAAAGAGCAGGCUGGACCUGAAAGGUUGUUUUAUACAAAGCAGACCAAGGAGCACUUUGGGAAUUGUGUGUGUUGUUUUGGGAAAUCUGUGCGUGGCUGCGCUGUCACACACCACACAAACCGGCAGUGAGUCUGAGAUCCGAGUGAUUACGGACCAGGAUCCCUGCAGAUGACAUGCAGUCUCAGAAAAGAGUGGAGGUGCAUGAGCAUCUCAACGGCUCCCGGAUCAUUUUCUCGGACGAGGCUCUUCCCGGCAGUGGAUCCAGACAGCACUUCAUGGCUCCGGAUAUGACCCAGGAAGUAGUAGUAAUGUCUCCUGGUCUUCCUACGCCUCCAUCAAGUCCGUUUCACAACAGUUCAGCCCCCGCGCAAGUGGCAGAGGUCAACGGAGGUGGAUUCACAACACACAGUUUCGGAUCCUACUAUGGGCCGACAAAUGUUGGAUUAUCCAAUGGUGUGAUACGGACUGGAGGUCCUGCCACUUUACCCAGGAUGUCUGGCACCCGAGAGGAGCACUUAAUCAAGUUCUCUGGAAUAGGUCCUGUAGAUGAGACAGGCAUGCCGAUCGCAUCUCGCUCUAGCGUAAAUAAGCCCAAGGACUGGUAUAAGAGCAUGUUUAGACAAAUCCACAAGAAACCAGAGGAGUCUGAGUUUGACUGGAGAGAAAGGAAGCUGUCAUCAUCUCCUCCCCCAGAUUCUGGCCAGCAGGACAUGCGCUCAGACCCCUUCACCCUCACCCCCCAUGGAGCCCUGCCCGACUGGGCUGAUCUGGGCGACACAGGGAAGCACCCAGAACCCAAGAGUAUUUUUGACUUUGAGCCUGGAAUGAGGGCAGCAGUAGAGGAUCGUAGUCAGCCUCUGAGGUCUGAGUCACAGAUGCCUUCAUAUCUCAGCCCAGUGAAACCUCAGUCCCAGUCUCCGUCCAUAGAGGCGACACUGGUGUCAGAGCUGAACCGUUUUGAGGCAGAGCUGGACUCAGACAUUCGUGGUCUGGAGAGGAGAAUGUCCCAGAAGCAGCAGCAGCGGCGAGGCAGGGGUGAGGGAUCUAAAGCCAACACAGCAACCACAAGAACAGAAGAGAAUAGACAAGAAAACAGCUAUCCCAUAAUCCCCUGCUCUGUAAAGCAGGGCACAACAGCGAGCUUCAUGCACUCUGAUGAUCACAUAACAUCAUCAGACAUGGAUUUCCCUCCUAAGAAAGAAGAGAGAAAGAUGAAAGCAGCACGAGUGAAAUUUAACUUCCAAGCACAGUUGCCAAAGGAGCUGACCUUACAAAAAGGUGAUGUAGUGUACAUACACCGGCAGGUGGACGCCAACUGGUAUGAAGGAGAGCAUCAUGGGAGAGUGGGGAUCUUUCCCACCAGCUAUGUGGAGAUUAUUCCUCCAACAGAGAAGCCCACGCCAAUAAAGUCUCCCACCGUCCAGGUGCUGGAGUACGGAGAGGCCGUGGCCCUGUUCCACUUCAACGCUGAUCUGCCUGUGGAGCUGUCCUUCAGAAAGGGUGAGGUGAUCUCCAUCACCAGACGUGUUGAUGAUCAGUGGCUGGAGGGUCGUAUCGCCGGCACCACCCGCAGUGGAAUCUUCCCCAUUAACUACGUCCAGGUCAACAAAAUGCCCCGCACUAAAAGCAGUGAUGACUUUCCAUCUUCUCCCACUCUUACCCCAGAGCCCCUCAGUCCUGGUCGACCACAGCACUCCCCUCUGUCUUCCUCGUCACGCUCCCCUGAACCCCAGCUUUCACCUCACAAACACUCAAGCCAGUCAUGCUCCCCUCUGACACACACACAGCCCACCUCAACACAACAGCCUUCGAAGCACUUCCAGUUCUCUCCUGGCCUCACUUCACUCAUGAGCAACCAGACCGGAUCGCUGCACGCACACAGUCGACAGGAAAAGGACACCAGAUCACCCUUAUCACCCUCCAAUCAUGUGCUGACAUCUUCACAGGGUCCGGGACUGCCAGCCAAAACCAGCUCGCACCCUCCGUACAUCACCCAGGAUGGGACCAGAACACAAUCUCCGAAGCCCAAUGCAGAUGUAAAGUUUCCUUCCACAUCACAGUCACCUGUGAACAUGGGUUAUUCACGACAACCCUAUAAAGCAGUUUACAACUAUAAACCCCAGAACAGAGACGAGCUGGAGCUGAAAGAGGGAGACAUCGUUCAGGUCAUGGAGAAGUGUGAUGAUGGCUGGUUUGUAGGUACGUCUGAGAGGACCCAAGCUUUUGGAACAUUCCCUGGAAACUAUGUGGCACCAGUUUAAGAGCUUCCACCAAUUCUCACUGAUACUACAAACUCCAAACCACUAAUCAAUGCAAAAUACUGUCUGUCUGCACUGCCUCUUUACACUAAACACAAAACCACUGCCCUCUUCACACACACACAUCAACACACACAAACUUCCUUCACAAAGCAUGUGCACUGCUCUCCUCACAGACGCUGGACACCGCUGGGUUUGACCACUCGUGUGAUGAAGCCACACUGCAUUAUGCUUUGAAGAUCCUUACAUUUAAUUACAGUUGUCCACAAUUCUAUUCACGUUAUCUAAGAUGACUUACUCAAUUUUAACUUCUUUGUAAAGUUUAACUUCAUUUUGGUUUCAGAUUUGUAGCAACAUUGCACUUGAACACUACAUAUCCUGAGGAUCUGGAUGGGACACAUGGUUAAAACUACUUUAAAAAAAAAAAAAAUUUUUUUUCAUUCUCAUCUCAGUUAUUACCCUUUUUGCACUGGCUUAGCUGAUUGCCACAUCAUAAUAGAAACACAACGGCAGUUUUUGCAAUCAUUAUCAAGUGUCUGUAAGCGCUAAUGCAGUUGUCUUAAAGUUGUGUUUUUGUAACAAACCCAGCAUGCCAUUCUCUUAAACUUUAGGAAAGGGAAUGUGUUGCCAGUUUCAAACUCUUUUGUACUAGUAAAAGUCUCCUGUUUAGCAAAAAAAAUCAGUUAUAUGAUAUGAGAUAUAUAUAAAUGAUUAAAACCAUAUUCAGCUGAAAAUGUUAAUGCAGGGUCAGUCUUCAGGAUCAGAAGAACAUCAUGAUUUGCAUGUUUGUUCAUUCUCACACACUCACACACAAAACCUUAAGCAGUAUUUUUUCUUGUUUUCCAGUAAACAUUACUAAACAA